UCCUCCCAAAGACUUGAAGAAACCACGUGGAAAGAAAUGCUUCUUUGUGAAGUUUUUUGGAACAGAGGAUCAGGAGUCCCAGCCUGCAGCUGUGAGAGCCAAAGACACUCUGGAAGAGAAACUGUUCUUCAGUGACAUGAAUUCCGUAAGAACGAUUGUCCCGAUGCAUAAAAGUAAGUGUUGAUUAUUCAUCCACAGUCUGCAUUGCUUCACAAUGAAGCUUCUCUUAGGCGCUCGGGUAGAUGGACAAGAUAUAAAUGUUGCAGACAAGAUUACAUUCAAAAUGAGCAAUGCAGGUAACUUUCGUUGUUGUUGAAAAUACACACAGCAAAACACACACCAGUUCAACAAUUUCUACAUGUACAGUUCAGUGACACUGACUACAUUGUUUAAGUUGUGCAGCCAUUCUCACCCUCCUUUUCUCCCCAUUAAUGUAAACUCUCUGCCUUCUAAGUUUCCUGUCUAAUCUUUUAAGUUGCUGUUUUCAGUUUGAUUCUGUAUGGAUCUUCAAAGAGCACAAUGCUCAAGGCAGACAUUGUUUAUUAAGCUAAAAUAUGGUUUUAAGAAGACUUCGAGGGAUAUUUUUGGUUUACAGUAGUUUUAGGGGUUCAUCCAGCCUCCAUGGUUCCAGAAAACCUGGAUUCCUUGAGAAUUGAAAUUCUUUUCCUGAAAUUUCCCCCUUUUGAUCAGGAUUCUUCUCUAGAAUCUUUAAUUAAAAUGUUCUGUAAUGGUAGCCAAGCACCAUCUAGUUGUUAUGGCAAAGGAGGCAGUUGUUCAUGGAUACAGUUAGCCACACGUUCCAUUUCCUCCUCCUAUUCUUGACUCUUUCUUCUUUUGUUGCUUCAGGCAGGUAACUCUUAAAUGAUUCUAGAUGAGAGAGGGACCAGUGGAGAGCAGUGAGGCCAGAGCUGGAUGUAAGCAACAGGAUUUGAAUCCAGUUCUGGAGGAUAGAUCGAAUAUGGAUAGGCAGGAACGGGAAGGGAGUUCCAGGCAGUGGGGAUACUGUGAACAACAGCUGGGCAAUAAGUGGGCUGUUUGGGGCAGGGAGAGAGGCUCCCUCCCUGCCUGAGUGAAGAGCUUGUGCUUGAGAAUAACAGAUGGUAUGCUUGGCGCAAACUUGGUUGGCUAAAUAAAGAAUUGCACAAGUCUGAAACAAAAAUGGGAACUCAUGGAAAGUGGAACUGAAUCAGAUUACAGAGGGCUCAAAGCCAUUGUUUUGUUAUGGUAAUUUAUUUUUUAAUGGUGGAAGGCACGAGAGUUAACUGUGACCCCUGUGUAAAAGAAAUAGUUGACAUGGGACACAGAAAAUUAGAGUUGAGUGAGUUUCCGUGCUUAACCAGGCAAACGGGUGAAGCCAGUGAUAAAGGAUGGGCUUGACCGGACACAGAAAUAGCCUGAUGGUAUUGGUGGUUGGUGGCAGUGAUGGGGGCAAUGAUGUGAUUUCUGAAAAACUAGCAAGCUCUUUGGGGCAUUUAUAAGCAUAGUGGAUACAGGGCAACUGCUAGAUACGAUAUCUUUAAGCCUUUAAAAAGCUAUAAAAAUGAAGUCAUCCCUCAACUAACAUGCUAUCUUUUUUGUGGGUAGACAUCUGAUUCAGAGAAACGAAAUAGAAGGUAAGCAUUUCCCUGUAAAAAGGAGAAGAGUUCCUCAAGGAUUGGUGUCAAGGCAAAUUUUAGUUAGUCUUUUUCUGUUAUCUGAAGAUAAAACCUGAAGUGGCAAGUGGCAUCGGAUUACUGUGGGGCAAGAGCUUUGGAUCUUUUACCAGCCUGGUGUGCAUUCAGACUCCGGUUCUGCCGCCUCUGUGAUUUAGUGCCUGGAUCAAAGUGGAACAGCUAAAACCCUACCAUGCUCAUAAAGAGGAAAUGAUAAAGAUUAACAAGGGCAAACGGUUCCAGCAAGCUGUAGAUGCCGUGGAAGAGUUCCUAAGAAGAGCCAAAGGAAAGGACCAGACAUCAUCCCACAACUCUGCUGAUGACAAGAGUCGGCGUAACUCCAGUGAGGAGAGAAGUAGGCCAAACUCAGGUGAUGAGAAGCGCAAACUUAGCCUGUCUGAAGGGAAGGUGAAGAAGAACAUGGGAGAAGGAAAGAAGAGGGUGUCUUCAGGCUCUUCAGAGAGAGGCUCCAAAUCCCCUCUGAAAAGAGCCCAAGAGCAGAGCCCCCGGAAGCGGGGUCGGCCCCCAAAGGAUGAGAAGGACCUCACUGUCCCCGAGUCUAGUACCGUGAAGGGAAUGAUGGCUGGACCGAUGGCAGCAUUUAAAUGGCAGCCGACCGCGAGUGAGCCUGUUAAAGAUGCAGACCCUCAUUUCCAUCACUUCCUGCUCAGCCAAACAGAGAAGCCAGCUGUCUGUUACCAGGCAAUCACGAAGAAGUUGAAAAUAUGUGAAGAGGAGACUGGCUCCACCUCCAUCCAGGCGGCGGACAGCACAGCAGUGAACGGUAGCAUCACGCCCACGGAUAAAAAGAUAGGAUUUUUGGGCCUUGGCCUCAUGGGAAGUGGCAUCGUCUCCAACUUGCUAAAAAUGGGUCACACGGUGACAGUCUGGAACCGGACUGCAGAGAAGGAACCCAACAACAGACACUUGUUUUGUGCUUUCUGUGAAGUAGAACAUCGAUCUAGGCACCAGUGUGAUCUGUUCAUUCAGGAGGGGGCCCGCCUAGGAAGGACCCCCGCUGAAGUCGUCUCAACCUGCGACAUCACGUUCGCCUGCGUGUCGGAUCCCAAGGCAGCCAAGGACCUGGUGCUGGGCCCCAGUGGUGUGCUGCAAGGGAUCCGCCCCGGGAAGUGUUAUGUGGACAUGUCAACAGUGGACGCAGACACAGUUACCGAGCUGGCACAGGUGAUUGUGUCCAGGGGGGGCCGCUUUCUGGAAGCCCCCGUCUCAGGGAACCAGCAGCUGUCUAAUGAUGGGAUGCUGGUGAUCUUAGCAGCCGGAGACAGGGGCCUGUAUGAGGACUGCAGCAGCUGCUUCCAGGCCAUGGGGAAGACCUCCUUCUUCCUAGGUGAGGUUGGCAAUGCAGCCAAGAUGAUGCUCAUCGUGAACAUGGUCCAGGGGAGCUUCAUGGCCACCAUCGCCGAGGGCCUGACCCUGGCCCAAGUGACAGGCCAGUCCCAGCAGACACUCUUGGACAUCCUCAAUCAGGGACAGUUGGCCAGCAUCUUCCUGGACCAGAAGUGCCAAAAUAUCCUACAAGGGAACUUUAAGCCUGAUUUCUACCUGAAAUACAUUCAAAAGGACCUGCGCUUAGCCAUUGCUCUGGGUGAUGCUGUCAACCAUCCAACUCCUAUGGCAGCUGCAGCCAAUGAGGUGUACAAAAGAGCCAAGGCACUGGACCAGUCUGACAAUGAUAUGUCUGCCGUGUACCGAGCCUAUAUACACUAAGCUGUCUACGCCCCCUACCCCCACCCCUCCAAUAUUCCCUCUGACCCCCUCUUCCUCACACGGGGUCAGGGUCCUGGGACUUAGCUCUGGACCAGUCCACCUGUCUCCAUUUCCUUUUCUACAGACUUUGAGACUUGCCAUCAGCGCAGCAUACAGCACCACUCCCCUGGAUGUCCUGGGGAGGGAGGGCUGCUAGCAGAAUUGGCUUGUGGGAAAGCUCUCGAGCUGGGCACUGGCCCCUGGACUAGGUGGUUGUGUAUAUACACACAGACACACACACAAACACACAGGCUCUCGCUCCAGGAUAGAGGCUGUCCAGAAACUGCUACCUGGCUUUUUUUCUUCUUCUCAGUUUGUCUUAUCUCAGACCCCUUCCAGCCAAGGAACUGGAAUCAGCAGUGAGAGUUGGAAGGCUCCCGACAGCUUCCACAGAGUGAGGAGGCUGUAGUCAUGUUCACAACCUACUGGACCCCCUGUAGGUAGAGGCUCUGGGCCAAAAUGAGCCAGCAAGACUCCAGAAGGAGAGUCUUGUGGGACUGCCAACAUCAGGUGACCAGCUGAUAAGGAUUUUCAUGUUUAAGCUACCAGUGUGCUACCACCUCUUCAUAAAUGCCUUUGUGAGCUGAAGAGAGUUUGGCAAAGUCCAGCAGAGACAGGGCAGUGGCUUUCCAGGGAGGGCAGAAAGUAGCCAGCCCUUGGGUGAGCUUCGUGGAAGCCCUGCCCUCUUCGCUACUCCCAACACCUGUCCCAGGAGUCGCCAGCACUGCGGAGCCCUGGGCUGGGAUCAGAGUUCCUUUUGUCAGUGUAGUGGGAGCUUGCUUCUCACCAGACUGUUUUAGUAUUUGGAUUUGCAUUCCAGCCCUUGGGAAAGGGACUCUGAGGGCUGCCAGUGAGGAGUGAAGAGUGAUUGGGGGAGAUGGGCUCCUUCCUGUUUCCGUUAUGCCACAGACUCUUCAACUGGCUCUGGAGAGCUGCUCUGACCUGGCCCUUCACGCGGCCCUGCCUUCUCCCAGCUGCCUGCCCUUCCCUGCACAAGUCCCCUGCAUGCUGCCCCCACCCUGUCCUUCCCCCUCUCCUCCCAGAGGGACAGUAUUUCUUUCUGUGCUGUCUUUGGCCCACAUCCAGCCUGAUGGACCAUUUCUUAGGCUUAGCUCUUGAGAGGAAAGAGUGUUUUCCCUCCAGCCAGCAUCAUGAUCUUCGGGCUUCCCAGCCUGGGGUUCCGUGGAUCAGGGAGGAGGAGAACUGGAUCUGACCUGACCUGACCUGACCUAACCCUCAGAAGACAGAGUUCAGACAUCCUCGAGGCCCUAGCAUUUUUCCUUGGAUAGGGGACCAGAGUGGGGUUGGAAUGUUGCAGAAGAACAAGGAGAAGUCACACACGGGAUGUCAGCUUUUUCUCCCUCAACAUGGGUUGGUUUUUCCAAAGCCACAAUUUGCAGAACGUCAGCAUUUAUAGGGAAAUAUAUAAUUAUAUAUAUAUAUUUAAAAAACCUUGUGGCCACACUGGUGUGGGUUCCCGCCUGGCACAACCUUGGCCCUUUUUCACUGAUUAUUAGAUGAUCUGAGGCCAUGGGGGGAGGGCAGGGGAGAUGCCUGUCCAGUUUUUGGCACCGUUUGUAAUUUGGGUUUCAACUCAUUUCUGUCUGAACACAAAGCCUGUUGUCCUGGUCGGACACACGGGGGAGGGGGGUGGGGGGUGCUGUAAUGAAACUGGUUAGUCAAUGUUGUCUAAAUAUUGUUGACAAUUCUGUAAAGUUCCUUUUUAUGAAUAUUUCUGUUUAAGCUAUUUCACCUUUAUUUUGAAAUCUUUCCCUUUUAAAGAGAAAAUGUGACACUUGUGAAAAAGCUUGUAAGAAAAGCCUCUCCUCUACCCGCACCCCAUUUAUUUUUCCUUUAAACUUCCUUUAAAUGACAAUUCUUCUAGGUGAUUAAGGUUGUGAAUUUUUAUUUUUGCUUUGUUUUUAAUGAACAUUUGUUUUUCAGAAUAGGAAUGUGUGAUAAUGUUUAAAUGGCAAAAACAACAUGAUUUUGUGCAAUUAACAAAGCUACUGCAAGAAAAAUAAAACAUUUCUUGGUAACAUAGUUGU